GAGUCUCUCCACCCUUUCGCUCUCCGCUUCCUAACCUACCUCAUCCGCACACAGCUCUCUGUAAAUCUACAUUAUAUCGCAUAUUUACCGGAUUACAUACUACACCGACUUAAAUGAGGACUUUUCUACGACUCAUUUUCCAACCCGCACUGCGGAAAUCCCCUUGAAAUCAUACGGAAUCAUUCAGCUUCUGGAAACCAGAAGUGCCAACCACAGGAAUUGGUCUGUGUGUGUGUGUGUGUCUUUCUGCUGCAGUAUAAUUGCCCAACUUGUGUGUCUGUGCGUAGCCGUAGAGGCCUCUAUAGAUUUCAUUGUGUGUGUGUGUAACCAUGGAUGUCUUGAGGAAGCUGUUUUUUACGGACUGCCACUGUGCAGAAAAUGCGUCCAACACUUACGAGCAGCUGUUCGCCAAACUGGACACCAACAAGGAUGGGAAAGUGGAUGUGGCCGAGCUGAAGGCGGGCCUGGCUUCCAUGGGCAUCAAAACCGCGAAAGGAGCAGCUCAGAAAAUUAUUUCUUCUGGAGACAAAGACCAAGAUGAAGGGCUUGACUUCAAUGAGUUCUCCAAGUACCUAAAGGAUCAUGAGAAGAAAUUACAGCUGACUUUCAAGAGCUUAGACAAAAACAAUGAUGGUCGAAUCGACUCCAUGGAGAUAAAGCAGUCACUUGCUGAUCUGGGACUGGAAAUCAGCAAGGAGCAUGCAGAGAAGAUCCUUCAGAGUAUUGAUGUGGACGGCACCAUGACCGUGGACUGGAAUGAAUGGAGGGAGCACUUCCUGUUUAACCCAGCCACCAACCUGCAGGAGAUUAUCCGUUACUGGAAGCACACCACGGUGUUGGACAUUGGUGACAGCCUCACCAUCCCAGAUGAGUUCACAGAAGAGGAGAAGACGACUGGUUUGUGGUGGAAGCAGCUGACGGCAGGAGCCAUGGCGGGCGCAGUGUCCCGUACAGGAACCGCCCCCCUGGACAGAAUGAAGGUCUUCAUGCAGGUUCACGCUUCUAAGAGCAACAAAAUAAGCCUGGUCGGUGGUUUCAAGCAAAUGUUAAAAGAAGGAGGCGUGACGUCUCUGUGGAGAGGAAACGGUAUUAACGUCCUGAAGAUCGCCCCCGAGACGGCCAUUAAAUUCAUGGCCUAUGAGCAGUAUAAGAAGCUGCUGGCCAGCGAACCGGGGAAGGUCCAGCCCCACGAGAGGUUCAUGGCUGGAUCGCUGGCUGGAGCCACAGCACAAACGGCCAUCUACCCAAUGGAGGUGAUGAAAACUCGCCUGACCCUGAGGAAGACCGGGCAGUACUCAGGAAUGUUUGACUGUGCCAAAAAGAUCCUGAAAAAGGAGGGAGUGAAGGCGUUUUACAAGGGAUACAUUCCCAAUAUUCUGGGCAUCAUUCCCUACGCUGGGAUAGAUCUGGCAGUGUACGAGAGCUUGAAGAACACCUGGUUGUCCCGCUACGCCAAAGACACAGCCAACCCAGGUGUUCUGGUACUGCUUGGCUGUGGUACCAUUUCCAGCACAUGUGGCCAGCUUGCCAGCUACCCCCUGGCUCUGAUCCGCACCAGGAUGCAGGCACAAGCUUCUGUCGAGGGCUCAGAGCAGCUGCCGAUGAGCAGGAUGGUGAAGAAGAUAUUGGAAAAGGAAGGCUUCUUUGGACUUUACCGUGGCAUCCUGCCCAAUUUCAUGAAGGUCAUACCGGCUGUCAGCAUCAGCUACGUGGUGUACGAGUACACACGGUCUGCCCUGGGGAUUCAGAAGUAGGCAGCACAGUCGCCUGUGACUACCAGAGUGUAAAAGGAUAUGCAGCAAUUUUGUAUUUCAAAACAUUUCCCUCCAUGUAAAAACCUGUUUACCUGUAGGUCACCAACGUCUGGGCUCACACUGCAGCAGAUUGAGACACUGUAGAAGUGAUUGCAGGACUUUGGCUAAACUGUUGAGCCACAGCGAAAAGGAAAUUGUUUAGAGAAAUCCUGCAGCACUCACACAGGGCUCAUAGUUAAUAAGACUUCAACAGUGUUCCCAUCUGUAUGCACUUUGUCCAGGCUGCGUUUACGAUGCACUCACAGAUUUCAGUGCGCUGUCAAUCUCAGGGCACAGUUAGGGUCAAAUGACUUUCCCUUUAAUAAACCAAAGAGGUGGAUAUUAAGAAUUUAGGUGGAUACACAAACACUUGGAGAGGUUAUCUUUGAUUUCAAGACACUUUGUUUGGUUUAAUUGUUGGUUUGAGUAGAAAGGAUGUAAACUGCUGGUUGGCAGAGGCACACAACCUCGAGGCAGUAAUUUAGGUAUACAAGUUCUUUUAGAUAUGGGUCCUGUUGAUGUGACUUUGGCAUAGAUGUGUCACACGUUCCUCUAAUAUCUGAGCAAAAAGCACCUUAUUGCACCAAUCUCAGUUACGAUGGGAAAUCCAAGAUAUCACCUGCUAAAGUGGAAUAACACAAUAACAUAAUUCUUAGCACACUAUUUUUGCUGUCUCUUCUUUGUAAUUAUCAAAAGUAGUCAGACCAGAAGUUGAAAAGUCUCUUUGUUCGUUUUAAUUCCAGACACUUUACACAGCUCCCCUGAAUAUUGUGCAAGAAAUCAGAGGAAACUCUUGAAGUGCAAUACUGUAUUUACACAUUUGACAUUCACUGUUAUGUUUCAGUGUCUUUUGGAAAUGGAUUUCACUCGAGUGUUGUUAGUUCCACAAAGGUCUCCUUUAAAUAGGCCAUUACUAUGGCACCUUGUCAGUGAGUUUGGUGAAUAGGGGAGUCAUGUGCCUUAUGUGAUUUUUCUCAGACGUCUGCAGACUUCUCCACCCUCCCUCUUUCUUGCCUUUCUUUCCAGUAUUUGGUUAAUUAGAUGCUGGUGUUUACAGGAAUAAAAAACAUUUGAAUACAAA